AUGCCAAAAUCACAUAGAAAGUCUAAGGUCCAUAGCGUUGGAUCACGGGCUCUUGAACUUGAGCAGUUCUCCCCGAGAGAAGUCUUAAAAAAGGCUGAUGCUUGCUAUGAAAAACUUAACUCGUCUAAAGCCCUGAAGCUUUACGAGAUGAUUAUUGAGAAACUUUUCAAAUUACCAUCUACAGAUGAAAAUAAUUCUGUGAUGCUUGAUGCACUACAAUCCUCUGCUAAUAUCCUCGUCCAAUUUGAGCGGACUGAUGAGGCAAUAUCACAUUUCAAAAGAGCAAUUGAAAUUUGCCCCGACAAUGGCUACGAAAAGUACAUGUCUCUAGCUCAAUUAUUGGCAGGCGAGGAGGCUGUAAAUUUAUACCGUAGGGGUAUUGGAAUUAUUAACGAUUUGCUCAAAACUUUUGACUCCAAUGAUUCAUCUGGACUUCAAAGUCUCAAGUCUGAUCUUUCGUUUGCCCACUGUGCUGUUGCUGAAGUCUAUAUGGUCGAUCUGUGCGAUGAUUCGAAUAAUUCCGCGUUAGUGCAACAGGAGGUUGAUAAGGCAAUCGAGAUUUGUGAGCAGAAUCCAUUAUCAUGGUAUAUCAAGGCUUCUUGCCUUUUCCUCACUGGCCGCAUAGAUGAUGCAAAAAGUGCUAUCGAAAAGUGCUUGUCCCUCUUCUUGCCAGAAAUUGAGCGGAUAUUUGAUGAGCAAAUUGAAAGAGAAGAUACGCCUGUGGAAGUUUUGGAGGGUGACAAGCUAAUCGCUGAUAUAGAAGAGAUCUCUGGGAUGCCUCCUGAAAAGCACUUCGAAAUGACACUGUUGCUAUGUGAAUUGGGAAUGUAUCAGCAAGCUGAGAAGAUUCUCACUUUACUGAAUGAAAUUGAGGAGGCAAAUCCAGACGUAUUGUUUCAACUUGCGCUUGUUGCUAAGCAGUUAUAUUACGAAACCGAACCUCAAACCGUGCGACUUUAUGUGAAUGCUGCUUUGGAAGCGUGUGCGCAGAAUCCCGAAAUGGUUUCCGAAUUGACUGCUAUUUCAUCCGAUCUCCCUGUUGAAUCUGAAGUUGAAGGAGAUGAUGCUGAUGAUGAAGACUUGGAAGCCGAUUCCGAUGAAGAGGAUAUGGAGAUAGACUGA